AUGGAUAACAGCGGCCUUCCAGAAGACAUAGAGCGACUGCUGUCGUGUCCUGUCUGCUUGGAUGUUUUUACUCAGCCAGUUGUGAUUCUUCCUUGCCAGCACAACUUGUGCCGAAAGUGUGCGGAAGACUGCUACGACCGUCGAGGACGCGUGGUUGGUCUAAGCGGUGGAAAGUUUCAAUGUCCAACAUGCCGUUACGAAGUUAUGGUCGAUCGGCAUGGUGUCUAUUCUCUCCCGCGUAAUUUACUUGUUGAAAACUUGAUCGAAAUGUACGCGACUCAAAUCGCCAAGAAACAACAAGCGCCGCCAGAACCGCCAAAGCCAGAGCCUGUGCGCGAGCCGACUCCUCCUCCUGCGAACAGAGUGCCCCUUUGUGAGGACCACGAGGAUGAACGAAUCAACGUCUUUUGUUUGUCCUGUCAGAAACCGACAUGUUCAAUGUGCAAAGUCUUCGGAAAACAUCAGAAUUGCGAUGUUAUUCCAAUCAAAAAGGCCUACGACGACCAAAAGAAUGAACUUCGAGAACAUAUGGCUCGACUUGGCUCUGGAAUCGAACAGAUUCAGACGGUCCAAGCUGAUACAGAUCAUUUGCGUCAGAGUGUGGAAGCUGCAUCUAAACGAGCCAAGCAAGAAGUCAACCAAGCUUUCCAGCAACUUUGCGCUCUACUUGAGAAGCGGAAAACUGCGAUGAUCGCGAGAAUUCAGGAAGACGUUAACGAGCGAAUUGGAAUUUUAUCCGACAUGUCGACGAGCUACAAAAAGCAACGGGACGAAAUCCAGAAAGUCAUGAAUGAUGGCUUAAAGUUGACCGAAGAGCAAGAGGCGACUGUCUUCUUGACAAAGUCUCGAACGAUGAUCAACAAAGUUGUGAACCAAGCUCGUGCGAUGACUGAGAUUCGUCCACCACAGUCAAUCGUUCCAGAGCUGAAGCCAUAUAAAAUCGAUUUUGCUCGUUAUCAUCAGAUCUGCAGCCAAAUCGACUUCGAUAACGGGCAACGACCAGCCCAGCGCCCUGAUUCCGCUCGAUCUCGACUUCCAUCAAAUCACUCCAACAGUGACUUGAGCUGCAUCCCUGGUCUUGCCCGACCACCACCGAUUCCAGCGCCUACGGACGACGAGCUCUCAAAUUUCCGUGCCAUGGCCGACGCUUUAAAGCAGGCUGAAGACGGCUCUGGCAAUUUAGAAACCAAACAAUUCAUCAUCGAAAUCUAUUAUUCAAAAGAAGAUCCAAUAGUCAAAAAUCCAAGUGCAAUUCAAAAUAUCCCCAUUGUCGCCCAAACAGAAGCUCAGAAGCUAGCCGAGGAGCAAGAGUCAGCGAAGUCGAAUGAAGAUGAGUACACUUACGAAGAAGUUGAAGUUGAGGAACUUGUCACUGACUCUGAAGGUGAAGACAACGAAGAACCACCUAGUACAGCUCCGAUAUCAGAGCAUCCAAUAACGGAAACAGACGAUCAAAUACCGGAUUAUGUUUUGGAAUCGAGUCAAGCAUCACGAAUUUCUCUUCCUCGACCGCAGCAAAAUGAAGAUGAACGAGCAUCUGUUGACUCUGGUGCAGUACAAGAAGCAAUCGAAGCCUCCAUUGAGGCCAUUAAUGAAGCUCAUCGGGAUGGAAAUCAAAGUUCCCGGGCUGAUAUGGCUGAUGAUGAAAAUACUGAGUCAGAUAGCGCUUCGACAGAAUACGAAGAAAUAGAAAUUGAAGUCACUGACUCAGAAUACGAAUCCGAAUCGAAUCCGGAAUCUGAAGCUUCUGACUUUCAAAGCGCCAAGUCCAAGCUCGAAGAAUCUCAAACUAAUAAUCUUGCCAAAGAUUCAGAAGAAAAUGACUCGGCGAAUAAAGAUGCCACCGACUCAACGUCAGAUUCGAAUUCAAAACCGUCGAUUAUUUACCACCCUGCUCAAAACGAUGCUCGUAGUGAAUCUUCUGGUGAAUACGAAGAAAUUGAGCUUGAAAUCGAAGUAACCGAUUCUGAAGCCUCUGAUUCCGAAGACGCAGCUCAACUCGAAGACGAGGAAUCGAACGAUGUGAGUCUCGCUUCAGUUUCGCUCUGCCACGAUACAAGCAAAGACGAAGCCAGCGACGAAGAGUUUCCACAAUCAGCGCCAGCUCCAAAAGCCUCCGCCCCAAUACCAAUUUCAAUGUCGAAAGCAAGCUCUACUUCAAAUUUAGCCUCCUCAUCUCCUCGUCUCCGCGGCUGGCUUUCCUCCGCUUCUCCCGGGCGAUUAGACGGUGACAUAUACGAAAAGCGAGUUCACCCUGUCAAAACAAGAAAAAGAACCAACACUGGGCCUUAA